GCGGCGGGGGUAGGGAGCCUGGGAACGCGAACGGGGAUGGUAGGUGAUUUGGACCCGCCGGGCCGCCGUCGUUUCCAGAGCGGGUUUGACUGGAGGAACCUCUGGAGCAGCUGUUGGCUGACUCCUCUGGCUGAUGGCAUGUUGAGGCACAUGGGCCAGAGGCAGAAGGGGCGUCCAAUCCAAGGGGGGCCACUUUAGAGGUCAGGCCACCGGCACCAUGGGCCAGUGCGUCACCAAGUGCAAGAACCCUUCAUCAACCCUGGGCAGCAAGAAUGGAGACCGUGACCCCAGCAGCAAGUCACACAGCAAGAGGGGUGCAGGUCACCGUGAGGAACAGCCACCAGCCUGUGGCAAGCCAGGUGGGGACAUCCUUGUCAAUGGGACCAAGAAGGCAGAGGCUGCCACUGAGGUCUGCCAGCUGCCAACAUCCUCAGGAGAUGCUGGGAGGGAGCCUAAGUCCAAUGCCGAGGAGUCUUCCCUGCAGAGGUUGGAAGAACUGUUCAGGCGCUACAAGGAUGAGCGGGAGGAUGCGAUUUUGGAGGAAGGCAUGGAGCGCUUUUGCAAUGACCUGUGUGUCGACCCCACGGAAUUUCGAGUGCUGCUCUUGGCUUGGAAGUUCCAGGCUGCUACCAUGUGCAAAUUCACCAGGAAGGAGUUUUUUGAUGGCUGCAAAGCAAUAAGUGCAGACAGCAUUGAUGGGAUCUGUGCACGGUUCCCUAGCCUCUUAACAGAAGCCAAACAAGAGGAUAAAUUCAAGGAUCUCUACCGGUUUACAUUUCAGUUUGGCCUGGACUCUGAAGAAGGGCAGCGGUCACUGCAUCGGGAAAUAGCCAUUGCCCUGUGGAAACUAGUCUUUACCCAGAACAAUCCUCCAGUAUUGGACCAGUGGCUAAACUUCCUAACAGAGAACCCCUCGGGGAUCAAGGGCAUCUCCCGGGACACUUGGAACAUGUUCCUUAACUUCACUCAGGUGAUUGGCCCCGACCUCAGCAACUACAGCGAAGAUGAGGCCUGGCCAAGUCUGUUUGAUACCUUUGUGGAGUGGGAAAUGGAACGAAGGAAAAGAGAAGUGGAAGGGAGAGGCACACUCAGCUCAGGGACCGAGGGCUUGUGUCCCGAGGAGCAGACUUAGUGGCUCUGUCCCAGGAGCAGCACAAGGAUCUGCCCGCUGCCCUGCAGCCGACCGCGGAAUUGGACCUUUCUGGAAAUUACUGAAGAUCCGGAUAUUUUCUACUUUACACCUUUCUCUGCCUUGUAUCUGAAAGGGCUCUAAAAUGCUGUAUCAUGUUUUAGGCACUUUCUUCACUUUUUGGUUAUUUUGGUUAUUUCUUUUUUGGGGGGUUCCCCCAAAUAUUUGAACCUGGCUACAUGUUGUAUUUUUUUUUUUUUUUGAAGCCUUCAGAUAGAAUAAGCCUGCCAUUUCUUGCACAGAUUAGACUUUCUUUUGUGGGGGAGGGUAGAGAGCAGGGAGGGGGAUGGGACUGUUAGGUUGAAUUAACAUUACAAAAUGAUACAGUGCCAGAUCUCAGUUUGCAUAUUGUUUUUCAGGGCAGGUCUGUACUGUGUGUAGUGCUGUUUACAUGGUUGAAUUUAGGUUGUAAUAAUUAUUUUUAAAGAUUUACACAGAGUUGAAUAGCAGUGUUAACUGUUAACCACAUUGCAUUAAUUUCCAGGCGAUUUGAAGCUCUUGGAGAGCCAAGGCCAGCCAAGAGUGUUUGUAGCCUGGUAACAACCCCUUUUUAAGCUAAUUUAUCGGAAAUGCUCAUUUUCCUCACUUCUUGCUCAUUCCUUCUUUGACCUAUUGCAUUUCGUGUUGAGUUUACCCAUCAACAUGCUGCACCUGUCAGUCAAGUGAGCAGUUUUUUAGAACAUGUACUGAGAACCGCUGAAGCAUUGAGGGCGGAGAAAGCAGUGCUACCUCAGUUUUGCUGGAAGGAGACUUCAGCAGUUUCCUUUCUUUGAUGAGUUUUCUGUAUUUUCAUGUUGUGAAAAUACUUUUUUUUUUUUCUCAUUUGCCUUGGAGCCAAAGUUUCUGUUCCUGGUGGUCGGAAAACUGUGCCUGCCGACUGACUGACUUGAAGGAAAACUGUGGUAUGGAGCUCUGCUUGAAGUUUUUUUUUUUUUUUUUCUUUGUUUCGUUUUGAAAUUUUUCUUUUGAGUAUCAUCAGCUUACUUGUCUGGCAAGUGCAGAAGCCUGGGGUUGGCCUGAACGCUGCCAAACAAAUACAGAAGUGUAUUUAACAGUUACCGUGUGCCCUUUCCCUUCUUGCUGCACCCACGUUGUCACUUAACCCCCGGGAGUUAUUUAUUGUCUUCUUUGUUAAUGUCAGGCUCAUUUGGGGUAAUGUGAUGACUGUUUAGGUUUACAUGACCCUCUUCUCCUUUCCCUCCCCCUAAAUAUGUAUAUAUACAUAUAUCAGAUAUGUAUAUAUUUUACCUAUAUAAAAUAUAUAUAUACACAUAUAUGUAUCUAUAUCCCUUUGUUUCUUUGCCUGCUAAAACUGGCCAUAAUAGAGGGAGCUGCCUUCAAUAUAUAAAGUAUAGGAAGAGUGCCAGGGAAUGUCACAGUGGAGGCUUUUGCAUCUGAAUUUGGACCAUUUCCACUAAAGAUGAGUUUUCUCAGGGCUUUCCUCAAAAGAGGGAGGCCUAGUUCCCCAGAUUCCUCUGCAUGCUCAUUCCCCAAGGCCAGCUUUGGCCAAACUGCCACAUGGGAGCUGAUUCUAGUCCUACCUGCAUUCAGUAGAGGGUCCUCUUGUUAUUUUUCCACUUAUGUCCUCAAACACUGUACUGGAAAGGUGGGUGGCUUGUAUAGUUCAGCUUCCAAUACUUUGGACAGACUCAAAAGGGAAUCUUUUAAAUAAAAACUUAUACAUAUAUUUAUACUCUUGAGGUAACGAGAGUUUGUCUAAAAACGUAGAGUUUCCCCAACUACUGCCUCUCCCAGGUAUGUUUCUCAGCCUGGGCAGCAGUUGCUGAUUCUGAAUUCCUUUAUCAGUAUGGCCCAUCUUUGUACGGUUGAUUAUUUAAGUAGUUGCUGCAGUUGGUGUUUUUAUAAAGGUGACAGAUGUAGGGGACAUCUUUGAGGUUGUUGUUUUUUUUUUAAUCUUAAACCUCACAAUUGCCCCUUCUAAAGGGCCAGGUGGGAAGCUUUAAAACGAGCCACAGGAGGUUAGCACCACCCCUGGAAAGCUGAAGGGGUUUCAGGCUGGAUGUCUGGUUUUUUUCUACCUAAGACAUAAGAUCCUGUGUAAAGUGUGUCUCAAGGCGCACCAGACAGGUUCUAUGAGUUCAACUGGUCAGGUGCUGACUGAGAUCUUAGAGACUUUCUCAUUCCCUUUUUCCUCAUUCUAGAUAGGGUAGAGAUGGAAUGAGAGAGAAGGCAGGCUGCUCCUAGCUGGGUAAGGCUCUUUUUAUCUCAGCAGAGGGGCGAAUGGAGGGAUGUGCCCCAGAGGAGGGAGGUCCCCAGGAUCCAGAGGCGCUGGUUGAACUGGACUUCUCCAGCCUACAGAGCAUUCCAUGCACCUAGUGGAUAGAUUUUGUAUUUCAAUUAUAAAAUCAGUUGCCCUGCCCCCUACAAAAGAGCCAUUUCAGUAAAUUCUUUUUUGGUUAUAUGUUUAAUCUAUUUGCUACACAAAUGCAAAUGAGGCAAGACAAGGGAGGAGCAUACUACCUCCCCCCCAGGUUAGAGUCCCUGGUGCAAAGACUUGGGACUCAUGCUGUGGCUCUGGGCCAAUGCUUGACUUUUUCAUUACCACACAGGAAAAGCAGUUUUUCUGCAGAGGGAUUCAGAUGGGGUGUGUGGAGGGUUUGCAGUUACACUUCUGGGAAAAAGAAAAGGUCCCUAUUCCUCUUACCUUAGAAAUGUGUUUGCUGCUUACUAAUUAAGCAGUAAUUGUGUGGAUGUGGCCAAACGCAUGCCCCUCAGGUAAGCUAGCAUGCUCUUGGAGAGGGGCAGGGUGUGGGUGCCAUUUUGAAAACAGGCACAUAUCUGAGGGCUACAACAGGGCGUGUUGGGAAACUGGGUUUUGGCAAAUGGUUUUGUCUGCCAGCACCUCUCAUGUUUCUCUAGCUGUCCACGAGAAAGCUGUAUGAGAUGAAGUGUUACUUCAUUGAAUUGCUCUUUUCCCCACCCACCCGGCCAAAUUUGAAUGUAUCACUC